CUAAACUAGUGUAGCCAUCGACGAGAAUAUCGAAUCUGGGGAGAAGAAGAAAGAGGAAAUCUAUCUAGAAGACGAAGGGGUCUUAUAGGCGUUUGUGUAAUCUCACUAAUGUUUCGUUUGUCUUCAUUGCACGGUUGGCGUUGUUUGGCGUGUUGAUGUCGUUUGUCUAUAUCGGCGUCAGUGCAACGUUGGGCCGUCACAGUUGGUGUUGAAGACCUAUUCAGCACUGCUUGAGAUGUUUGCUACUAUUGUCACAACUGGCUUGCCCUUGAGACAAUCGAGGCCAUUAUGAUUCAAUUGUCAUCUGACCGUUUCGAACUGAAACAAGGUUAUAAGGUUCUGGAGGAUGAACUGGAUGCCAAGCAAAAUCCGAAUGAAGUUGGAUAUGAUGAGGACUCAGGUGCUGAGAUUGAUGCUCAUUAUAUCAGUGAUAUUGAUGAUUGUGAUGGCUUCGAGGAUGAGACUGGGGAGGCUGACGAGGAGGAGGUUGAGCCCAGUCUUCUUCCAGUCAACUGCAAGCAGGUCCUUCCACCUGCCAAUCUGGAGUUGCAAUUCCGCAACCACAAGCAAGUUCUUCCACCUAUCAACCUGAAAUUGCAAUUCUGUGACCACAAGCAAGUUCUUCCACCCACCAACCUAAAGUUGCAAUUUCAGAACAAGGUUCUUCUGGCCGUCCACGUUGUGUUGUAUAUGAACCAGGACGGUUUCAUCGACUUGAUAAUGAGCUGUAAUUUGUAAUUUGGAGUUUUGUUGUUCAGUUUCUCUGUUAUGAAGGGAUUUUC